AUGGAAAAUGAAAAAGAGAUUCCAACCUCAAUCUGCAAAGACAUUCCCAAUCUCCAUUCUUCUUUCGUCGACACCUUCGUCGACUUCUCAGUCAGCGGCCUCUUCCUCCCCCCACCGCCGCUGCCAUCUCCGCCGCCCACCCGACUCCCCUCUCCCAAAUGCCUCAUCGCCAUUGGCGACCUCCACGGAAACCUCAACAAGUUAAAACAAGCCCUACGCCUCGUCGGACUAAUCGACUCCUCCGACAAUUACACUGGAGGGUCCGCCACUAUUGUCCAAGUCGGCGACAUCCUCGACCGCGACGACGACGAGCUGAAAAUCCUUUACUUUCUCGAGAAGCUGAAACGACAAGCCGCGCGAUGUGGUGGAAGCUUCGUAACCAUGAACGGAAACCACGAGAUUAUGAACAUCGAAGGGGAUUUCUGUUACGUAACGGAAGGUGGAGUGGAGGAAUUUAGGGUUUGGUUGGAAUGGUUCCGGGAGGGUAACAAGAUGAAGAGUCUGUGUCAAGGUUUGAAACCGCUGAAGGAUCCGUUAGAAGGUAUCGAAGUUGAGUUUCGUGGUGCGAAUAAGAAGUUUCAUGAAGGGUUUAAGUUGAACAAGCCUAAAUUGUCUCGAAACCAGGUUGGGUUGAUAACUAAGAAGACCAUAAUGGCUCUUUGUGAUUCGCAAUCGAUGAUAUAG